AUGCAGCAGCAGCCGUUCUUCUCUGAGGCAAAGCUGGAGAAGGCUUUAAAGCAGCAGCUCAUGGAUUCACCAAACCAAGCGUCUCGCUCUGCAGAGAAGGAGCUUGCCAGAAUGCGAACACAGUUUGUGCAGAGGGUGACAGCAGAAAAUUUCACACAGCUACUUGAAGCCCUUGUAACAGACAAUGUCUUGAAUGAGUUGGAGAAAGAAAGGAUACAGGAAACUAACCAAACUAGAGCAGACAAGGCACGUGACUUCAUUGACACCGUGAAGAAAAAGGGAGAAAAAGCCUGCAGGAUAAUGAUCAGUCACCUUCGAACCAUUGAUCCUACAGUUUCCUGUCAGCUAGGUUUGUCCUCUGGGCCAUCUGUUCGGUUAGCAGCACUUGAGAAGUGUCAGCUCAAAUUCAAAUCUACUCUGAAGAAGAAAUUCCAGUGUGUGUUUGAGGGAAUUCCUAAAGCAGGGAACCCAACCCUGCUGAAUCAGAUCUACACAGAGCUCUACAUCACAGAGGGAGAGACUACAGAGGUCAAUCGUGAACAUGAGGUCAGACAGAUUGAAACAGCAUCCAGGAAAUGGCACAGUACAAAAAUAACAAUCAGACAAGAAGACAUCUUUAAAGGCCCACCUGGAAGAGAUGAACCGAUCAGGACAGUGUUGACAAUGGGAGUGGCUGGAAUUGGGAAAACAGUGUUAACACAGAAGUUCACUCUGGAUUGGGCUGAAUGCAAAACCAAUCAGGACAUCCAGUUCAUAUUUCCAUUCACUUUCAGAGAGCUGAAUGUGCUACAAGAGAAAAAGUUCAGCUUGGUGGAACUUAUUCAUCUCUUCUUUACUGAAACCAAAGAAGCAGGAAUCUGCAGCUUUGAAGACUUCCAGGUUGUGUUCAUCUUUGAUGGUCUGGAUGAGUGUCGACCUCCUCUGGAUUUCCACAAAACUAAAAUCCUAACUGACCUUCGAAAGUCCACCUCCGUGGAUGCGAUACUGAUAAACCUCAUCAGAGGGCAUCUGCUUCCCACUUCUCGCCUCUGGAUAACCACACGACCUGCAGCAGCCAAUCAGGUGCCUGCUGAGUGUGUUGACAUGGUGACAGAGGUCAGAGGAUUUACUGACCCACAUAAGAAUGAGUACUUCAGAAAGCGAUACAAGGAUAAGAAAAAAGCCAAUAGGGUAAUCUCCCACAUCAAGACAUCACGAAGCCUCCACAUCAUGUGCCACAUCCCAGUCUUCUGCUGGAUCACUGCUACAGUUCUGGAGAAUAUGCUAGAAACCAGAAAGAGGCGAGAGUUGCCUAAGACUCUGACUGAAAUGUACAUCCACUUCUUGGUGAUUCAGGUCAAAGUGAAGAAGGUCAAGUAUGAUGGAGGAGCUGAGACAGAUCAACACUGGAGUCCAGAGAGCAGGAAGAUGAUUGAGUCUCUGGGAAAACUGGCUUUUGAGCAGCUGCAAAAAGGAAAUCUGAUCUUCUAUGAAUCAGACCUGACAGAGUGUGGCAUCGAUAUCAGAGCAGCCUCAGUGUACUCAGGAGUGUUCACACAGAUCUUUAAAGAGGAGAGAGGACUGUACCAGAAUAGGGUGUUCUGCUUUGUCCAUCUGAGUGUUCAGGAGUUUCUGGCUGCUCUUCAUGUCCAUCUGACUUUCAUCAACUCUGGAGUCAAUCUGCUGGAAGAACAACAAACUGGGGCACAUUUCUACAAGAGUGCUGUGGACAAGUCCUUACAGAGUCCAAAUGGACACCUGGACUUGUUCCUUCGCUUCCUCCUGGGUAUUUCACUACAUUCCAAUCAGACUCUCCUACAAGGCCCGCUGACACAAAGAAAACGUAGCUCACGAAUCAAUCAGGAAGUAGUGCAGUACAUCAAGCAGAAGAUUGGGGAGAAUCCUGAUCAGGAGAGAAUCUUUAAUCUCUUUCACUGUUUGAAUGAACUGAAUGAUCGUUCUCUUAUGAAGGAAAUUCAACAGUCCCUGAGUUCAGGAAGUCUCUCCACAGAUAAAUUUUCCUCUGCCCAGUGGUCAGCUUUGGUCUUCAUUUUAUUGUCAUCAGAAAAACACCUGGAUAAGUUUGACUUAAAGAAAUACUCUGCUUCAGGAGAAGGCCUUUUAAGUCUGUUGCCUGUGGUCAAAGCCUCCAACUACGCUCUACUAUGUGCCUGUAAUGUCUCAGAGAGAAGCUGUAGAGUUCUGUCUUCAGUUCUCAGCUCCCAAUCCUCUAGAUUGAGAGAACUGGACCUGAGUAACAACAACCUGAAGGAUUCAGGUGUGAAGAUCCUGUCUUCUGGAUUAAAGAGUCUGCACUGCAAACUCAACACUCUUCGACUGUCAGGCUGUCUGAUCAGAGAGGAAGGCUGCAUUUCUCUAGCCUUAGCUAUUAGCGCCAACCCUUCUCAUCUGAGAGAGCUGGACCUGAGGUACAACCAUCCAGGAGAGGGAGGAGUGAAGCAGCUGAAGCAGCGGAGAUGGGAAACUCUCAGAAUCGACACAAACACAGUAAACAGAGAACUUAAACUCUCUGAAAACAACAGGAAGGUGAAACGUGUGGUGGAGAAUCAGUCAUAUCCUGAUCAUCCAGACAGAUUUGAUGACUGUCCUCAGCUGCUCUGCACAGAUUCUCUGACUGGUCGCUGUUACUGGGAGGUCGAGUGGAGAGGAGACAUUGAAAUAUCAGUGAGUUACAGAGGAAUCAGAAGGAAAGGACACAUAACAGACUGUGGGUUUGGAUCAAAUGGUCAAUCUUGGAGUCUGAGGUGCUCUGACAAUGGUUACUCUGUGUGGCACAAGUCUCUGACAUUUUGA